AUGAGUGAAUUGUGUCCUGUGUACGCUCCAUUCUUUGGUGCCAUUGGUUGUGCUUCAGCCAUUAUUUUCACUUCGUUUGGUGCUGCUUAUGGCACAGCUAAAUCUGGUGUUGGUAUUUGUGCGACUUGUGUUUUGAGACCGGAUUUGCUGUUCAAGAACAUUGUUCCUGUGAUUAUGGCUGGUAUCAUUGCGAUCUACGGUCUAGUUGUCUCUGUUCUUGUUUGUUAUUCUUUACAGCAGCAACAGGCUUUGUACACUGGGUUCAUCCAGUUGGGUGCCGGGCUGUCCGUUGGUCUGAGCGGGCUGGCAGCGGGUUUCGCCAUCGGUAUCGUCGGCGAUGCGGGUGUCAGAGGUAACUCUCAGCAACCAAGACUUUUCGUUGGUAUGAUUUUGAUUUUGAUUUUCGCUGAAGUUUUGGGUCUGUACGGUUUGAUUGUUGCCCUGUUGUUGAACUCAAGAGCCACUCAGGACGUUGUGUGCCAUUACUAG